AAGAAGAAGAAGAAGAAGAAGAAGAAGAAGAAGAAGAAGAAGAAGAAGAAAAAGAAGAAGGGGACGUGGUGAUUGCGCGUCACCAUCUGACUUUCCAAACCUGCUUUGACGCGCUUGUUGGAGGAGGAGAGGAAGCAGCAGCAGCGAGAAGCACCCUCGAAGCCAAAAGAAUAACGACCACCGCUAAUCACCCAACCCGGAAAAGUGACAACUAACCCGGCGAGAAGUUUUCCAACCGACCACUGAGAGAUUCACGGAACACACGGCGAGGAGAAAGUCCCCCUCCGCUGGAGGGCGAAAGCCGACUUUUUUGGGACGCGGACAAGUUUUGCACACUACCAAAAAAAAAAGUGCCAGGAGUUUCGCCGGAGUUCUGCCAGAUGCAACAUGCAACCAUGUCCAAGGAGGCAGAGUUGGAUGUGAGAGGCGCACAGGAGCCCUGCAGUGACCCAGAGACGCCCAGGAGGAGGACGCCGUCGCCCUCCCCGUCACCUCCGUCGACCACGCACGACCACGGAGGAGACGAGCGCCAGCCCUCCGGUCGCGGCGGUGCUGCGGGCGGCGUUGUCGGUCGACGCGGCGCCGGUGGAGCGGGCGGGAGCUCCAUGCAGUUCAGCACCAGACCGCCUAGUGCUGAGCAGCCGGGCUUCAUGGGGACAUGGCAGCAGCAGACCACUGACAGCAACCUCCUCUACAGGAUGUCCCAGCAGGCCAUUCGCUGCACGUUGGUCAACUGCACGUGCGAGUGUUUCCAGCCGGGCAAGAUUCACCUGCGCACAUGUGACCACUGCAAACACGGCUGGGUAGCUCACGCUCUGGACAAGCUCAGCACCCAGCACCUGUACCACCCCACCCAGGUGGAGAUCGUGCAGUCCAACGUGGUGUUCGACAUCAGCAGCCUGAUGCUGUACGGAACCCAGGCGGUGCCGGUGCGGCUCAAGAUCCUGCUGGACCGCCUCUUCUCCGUGCUCAAGCAGGAGGAGGUGCUGCACAUCCUGCACGGCCUGGGCUGGACCCUGCGAGACUACGUCAGGGGCUACAUACUGCAGGACACUGCAGGCAAGGUGUUGGACCGCUGGACCAUCAUGUCUCGAGAAGAGGAGAUCAUCACCCUGCAGCAGUUUUUGCGCUUUGGCGAGACCAAAUCCAUCGUGGAGCUGAUGGCCAUUCAGGAGAAGGAAGGGCAGGCAGUUACCGUUCCGUCCUCCAAAACCGACUCCGGGAUUAGGACGUUCAUUGAGAGCAACAACAGGACACGCAGCCCGGGACUGCUUACACAUAUAGAAAAUAGCAGCCCAUCUAGUAUUCAUCACUUUGAGAAUAUCCCCAACAGUUUAGCAUUCCUUUUACCGUUCCAGUACAUCAACCCUGUGUCUGCCCCCAUGCUCGGUUUACCCCCCAACGGACUACCAAUGGAACAGUCAGCUCUCCGGCUACGGGAGCCCAGCUUGCCCAACCAAGUUGAACAAGUGGAAACUAGCGAGUCAGACGUGUCCAUGUCGCCUUUCCGUACGAGCCAAAGUCCGAGCCGUGGAACCUUGGGCGGCAUGAACAACACUGAACCCAAAACGGAGCCCAGCAAUCGGGCAUCCCCCGUCUCGCCAUCUCCGUCCCUCCAGCAGGCUCAACAGCAGCAGUCACAGCAACAACAGCAGCAGGGGCAACAGCAGUCCCAAAGCCAGUCUCAGCAAUCCAACACCAUGAGUGACCACCAGAUCCACCUUCACUUUGUCAAAGAGGAGCAGUCCAAAUCCAUCACCCAUGCUUCAUUUUCCUCCAAAAUGCACCGCAUGAGGCGCAUGGGCUCCACCUCCCGCAAAGGCCGCGUGUGCUGCAAUUCUUGCGGCAAGACCUUUUACGACAAAGGCACGCUCAAGAUACAUUACAACGCGGUACACUUAAAGAUUAAACACCGCUGCACCAUCGAGGGCUGCAACAUGGUCUUUAGUUCCCUGCGCAGUCGCAACCGUCACAGCGCCAACCCAAACCCACGUCUGCACAUGCCUAUGUUGCGCAAUAACCGCGACAAAGACCUAAUUCGUGUCAACUCCAACUCUGGUACGCCUGUCAUCUCAAGCACCAAGAAUGGUGGAUUCACACUUACAAGUCCUGGCCGGCCACCUCUGGGCUUCACCACUCCACCAAUAGACCCGAUGCUUCAAUCUCCCCUGCAGAGCACACUGGUGUUCCCCUCCCUAAAGUCAGUACAACCAGUCCAACCUGUGCCCCCAUUCUACCGUACACUACUGUCCCCUGCAGACCUAGUUAGUCCACCCGUCUCGCUGCCCAUAAGCCCCAUUCUGCCCACCACCACCAACAGCACCACCUUAAUGGACCAGCAACAGCAGAUCCUGGCGGCUGUGGCUUCACACAACAAUGUCCAUGUGUCCGAGAUGGGAGCCAUGUCGCAUAGCUUAAACACAAUCGGUGGCCAUCAUGAGCCAGGUACCGGUGUCGGGGCAGACCCCACGCCCAAAAAGAAGCCUCGUAAGUCCAGCAUGCCUGUGAAGAUCGAGAAGGAAGUGAUUGACGUGGCGGAUGAAUACGAGGACAAAGACGAGGAUGACGACGAUCACAUCAACCACAAUCAUCACCACUAUCACCACUCGUCGCUCCUUCACAACAACAUCAAGAUGAACGGAAACUACAACAGCAACAACAACAGUGGGAGUGGCACGGGGAACCACAGCGGUGGAAGCGGGCAGCAAUCCCCUUCCCAGGAUGAGAUGAGUCCCGGUAUGACUCUGAGAGGCAUGAUGAGGCAAAGUGAGGAUGAAUGCCGAGAGGGGGCUGGUAGUGACGGUAGGGGCGAGCUUCGAGGUUCUAAUGACCUACGCUGUAUGGACAGCUACACUUCUGAGGACCAAGACCACGAGAGAGACUUUGAGAACGAGUCUGAAACCUCGGACUCCAAGAUGUACUACCGGGAUGAGAUGAUGGACGUGGAGGAGCAGCAGAAGCACCCAAAAGGGGGAAAGGACCAGCGUGACAACAGCAUCGAGGAAGGCCAUUUGAGAAAAGACAUAGAAGGCAAAGGUCAGCUAUCACCAUCUCCUCACCAGGCGUCCACCAAAAUCAAGGAGGAACUUAGCGACCCGACUUACGACAUGUUCUGUAUGAGCCAGUACGGCCUUUACAACGGAGGCAUGGCCGCCGCGGCCGCCGCCAGCAUGGCCGCUCUGCACGAGAGCUUCAUCUCGUCGAUGGGCUACGGCGCCAGCCCGCCCAAAUUCCCCACGUCUCAAUCGCCGGACGGAGACCCGUGCUCCAGCCCGGACCCCAAGAUCUGCUACGUGUGCAAGAAGACCUUCAAGAGCUCGUACAGCAUGAAACUGCACUACAAGAACGUGCACCUCAAGGAGAUGCACGUGUGUACGGUCGCCGGCUGCAACGCCGCUUUCCCCUCACGGCGCAGUCGAGACAGGCACAGCUCCAACAUUAACCUGCACCGCAAACUGCUGACCAAAGAGCUGGACGACAUCGUCCUGGACCCCCAACUCACGCCACUGCCCAAGGACUUCCGGGCCGAGUUACUGGCCAAGAUCUACGCCGGGCACCACCACAUGGCUUUGGACCCGACGGGCGGGAUGGCGUUCAGAGGCCUCGGCCCCGCCGCCUUGAUCCACGGCGCGCAUUCCCCCAUGGGCAACAUCGACUUCUCCCAGCGCCUUCUCCACCCGCACCUGAAGAACCACCACGCCAACGGCUUCUCCCGAGGCCAGCCGGACGACUACGUGGUGCUGGACCUGAGCACCACGUCCAGCGGCAGCGUCCACUCCUCGCACGAGUCGGACGAGGGCAGCGACGAAGGCGUCCUAUUGGACGACCUGGAGGAGGAGGAGGAGGAGGGACUGGAGGAGGAGGGACUGGAGGAGGAAGGCAACAGCGAGGGGGAGGAACUGGGGCGAGAGACUGUUGAAACGACCAGCGAGUGCUUGGCAUCGCCGUUCCGCCUCUCGUCCACCGGAGGGAGCAACAACGACGGCGGCGGCGUCCUGUGCAGCAUCUGCCACAAAGUGUACAGCAACAAGGGGACUCUGCGCGUGCACUACAAGACUGUGCACCUGCGCGAAAUGCACAAGUGCAAAAUCCCCGGCUGCAACAUGGCGUUCAGCUCCCUGCGCAGCCGCAACAGACACUCGCAGAACCCCAACCUCCACAAAAACGCGCCCUUCUCCGCGCUGACUCCUCAAAGCCCGCCCCUCUUUCCUCCUCUAGCCCCUCCCCCCGUUUGUACUCAGCCCUGCCCGUGAAAGAUCCUUUCCGUACACUCCACUUUGUCCCUGACGCCGCUGGUUUUCAUACACCUUCUCCUCUCCAAAGAACUUCUUAUUUGUGACUUUUGCCUGCGGACAAGAUCGUACUGAGACUUUGAAAAAACUAAACAAAAAAACAGACAAAAAAAAAAACAUGUAUCUUGUUGUAUUUGUGUAAUGAUAGCUUUGAAAUGAACCCCCUUAACGGAGGGGGAAAAAAAGCAUGCCAGCUUCAUUUGUAAAUAAUGUCCCGAGAGUGUAGAAGACUCGUGUUGAUGGUCCGUUUGCUUCUUUUUUUUUUGCUUUUUUUGUUGCUUUUUAUGUUACAGUCCAGUACAAUACUUCAAGCUAUAGGCAAGAAAGAGGUAGCAUCUUACUAGCUUGAGUCAUUUUAUCACAUCUUAGGCAAAAAAAAAAAAAGACAAAAAAAAAAAAAAAAAAAACCUACAUAAGAAUAUCACGUGAAUUGCUUUGUUGGAUAUUCAGAGGUUGCCGGCAUGCUCUUCUUAGGCUCCCACGCGGAUAUCUGUGUCUUAUUGAUUUUUGCUUUGAUGUUUAUGCGAUUCCGUUUUUUUGCACUUUGCAUCUAUACAAGGGGAUGUGUAAUAUUAGUGAGGACGUUUGCAAUGGUGAGUUAAGGUGCAUCGUUUGAUCGUGGAACUUCAACCUGCCGGCGCCGGUUUCGUUUGCUUUGUUUUUGCGUGUGCCCUUAAAUGUAAACAACAACAACAACAACAAAAAGAUACGACAAUACCCAACAAAACGUCUCAUGUAUGGAUUUUGGUUGUCCAGUUCACACUUGUGGUUCGGUACUCUGAUCCGGACCAAAAAAAUUGCUCAGACUUCACAAUGGUGUUUUUGUCAUGACAACCAAAGCACGUGAUUGGUCGAAAUUCUUAACAUUAGGAUCAUUUCUUAAGUCUGUGGUACCUUUGAAAUAAUGUAAAUCUAAAAAUAUGAACACAAAACACACACUUUCACAAAGAACUAAAGAGCUCUAUUUCCUAAUGGUACAAAAAAAUCAGCCCCAAAAUGUAAUCGCUUGUUCCUUGACCCAUUUCUGACAUUUCCUGAAAUUUAUAUGAAAAUCCGCCCAAAACCUUUUGAGUUAUUUAUAGCAAAAUGAAAGAAACAGAGUAAACCCUCUUGUCAUCCAUCCAUUAUGUUUGUCUAGCAUACAUACACAGAAGUUGAAGCUGGUAUCAGGCCCAAAAUUAGAUUUGGUACUCUGAUCCGGACUAAAAAAAAGUUUGCUUAGCCUUCACAACGGUGCUUUUGUCAUGACAACCAAAGCACGUGAUUGGUCAGAUUUCUUAACAUUAUGUAUAUUUUAUAAGACUGUGGUACCUCGGUUUUUGAAACAAUGUCAAUCUAAAAAUAUGAACCCAAAACACACACUUUCACAAAGAACUAAAGAGCGCAGCCCUACUUCCUAAUCGUACAAGAAAAUCAGACCCCUCAUUGGUUCCUUAUCUCAUCAUCUAUAGCAGUGGUCCCCAACCACCGGGCCGCGGCCCGUACAAGAAAUUUAAAAAAAUAAAAAUAAAUAAAAAACUUUUUUUUUUUUUUUUUUUUUUUUAAUUAUUAAAUCAACAUAAAAAACACAAUAUAUACAUUAUAUAUAAAUAUAGAUCAAUACAGUCUGCAGGGAUACAGUCCGUAAGCACACAUGAUUGUAUUUCUUUAUGGGAAAAAAAAAUAAAUAAAAAAUUUAAAUCCCCCCACCGUUCCGUGGGACACAUUUUCUAGUGUUGGGGGACCACUGAUCAAUAGCAACAUGAGAGAAAGAGUGAACCCUCUGGUCAGUCAUCCACUAUGUCUGUCUAGCAUACACACACACACAAGUUGAAGCUGGUAUCGUAUCGUAAACCUAAGGUAACUCAGUAGAAAUGAUCCGGAACAGGCCCAAAAUCAGAUUCGGACAUUGUUUUGAAAGUUUCAUGAAAAUCCGCCUAUAACUUUUUGAGCUAUCUAUAGUGGAAUGAAAGAAACAGAGUGAACCCUCUUGACACUCCUCCAUUAUAUUUGUCCUUGCAGGGUUGCUAGCAAAAACACACAGAAGUUGAAGCUCCUAUCGUAUCGUAAACUUAAGGUAACGAAGUAGAAAUUAUCCAGGACAGGCUCAAAAUCUGAUUCUGACAUUUUUUUGAAAAUGUCACAAAAAUCCGUCCAUAACUUGAGUUAUGUUGCUAAGCAACAAUCCAACAUAGUAACAAGUAAUGAUGGAGAAAACAAUGAACUAGAUAUGCAUAAUGAAUGAAAUGAGCAGGGUUCUUUCUUGAAUUAAAUAGUGUUUCUCACCUUUUUUUCGUUUUUUUUUUAUCAAAGUGCUGGUACUCUCAACUUUCUUCGGCCCCACGGCGGCUUAUUUUGCAGUCGUCGUACUCUGUAUAGAAAAAAAAACAAAAAAACACAGCGACUGAGUUCAGGUGUCUACUGAUGCUGCGGUCAAAGUUGGAGUUGCCGCAAAACACAUUUUAAGAUAGCCAACACUCUACUGCCCUCUGGCGGCUGAAGUGGACAGCGCACCCCCUAAUUCGUCACGUUUCGUGUGUCAGGUAAACUUAUAUGAAUCCCCUUCCUACCGCUUUUUGACAUAUUAGUGUGUGAGCGACGCCAUUUGGCUUUCUUUAUCAAAGUGCUGGGUACUCACAACUUUCUUCGGCCCCAAGGUGGCUUGUUUUGCAGUCAUACUAAUAUAUAUAUAUAUA